GAUCAGUCUCAAAAUCAAAACACUCUCCACUCACCGUGGAGGUUUUUGCUGGCAUGUGGAUAAAUGCUUUCAUCGUUUGUGUGCUUUGCAUUGCCUGGGUCAAAAAGAAAAACCUCAACUCUAAUGAGAAGAUCUUGCUGCUGCUGGGAUUCUCCAGGUUUUGGUAUUUGUGCUUCUCAUGGAUCUAUGUUUUUCUCUCAGAAAUUUACCCCUACUGCCUUCUGGUAUAUCCUAUGCUUCAAUUAAUUGAAAGUGCUUAUGGCUAUUUUAAUUGUUCCCAUUUGUUGUUUUCUGCCUGUCUUUGUGGUUUCUACUGCAUAAAAAUUGCCAAUUUCAGGAACAGGCUCUUCAUCUACCUGAAAAUAAAAAUUGACCGGAUGGUGCCAUGGCUUCUGUUGGGGUCAGUGAUCUUCUCCCUGAUUAUUGGAAUUCUUGUCUACAACACUGUUGAUAAAGCUGCCUGUAAAAAUCUCAAUUUCACCUGCCAAGAAAGGUUUUGGAAAGCAACUGUCGUAAUAGAGGAAGAUUUUUUCCCUCUUUAUAUUCUCACUGGAUUUUUAUAUACCACUUCAUUCAUGGCAGUCAUCUUUUCUGCUGUUUGCCUUCUCUUUUCUCUCUGGAGGCACAAGUGCAAGAUGCAGAGAAACUCCAUGAAGGACCUCAGCAUGGAUGCCCACAUCAGAGCCAUGAAAUCUAUCCUCUCCCUCUUCAUAAUGUACAGCAUCAACUUCAUAUUUUUGAUCUUGACUCUCAUUUAUUCCAUGAAGCACCAAUAUCAUGUGAUAUUACUUGGUUACUUAAUUCAACAUGCUUAUCCAGGUGUUCAUUCCUUUAUUUUGAUUUUCAGCAAUCCCCGGCUGGAAAAGACACUGCUUAGGAUUCUCUCCUGGGUGAUGUGCAAGCUUUGCAUGAGGUAG